AUGACGGGGCUGUCUCACUUGGUGCUCCGCUUCUCGGGCACCGCGGGGCGCACCUACGGAGUGUUUUCCAAAAGCCUGACCAGGACUUUGUUGAUCUUCUUCGAUCUGGCAUGGCGAUUGCGAAUCAGGUUUCCGUACAUCUACCUUGUCGCCUCAAUGAUGUUUAAUGUCAGGCUUCAGGUCCAUAUUGAGAUCCACUGA